AUGGAGAGCUAUCCGAGCGAGUUCAUCGGCCAUGCCUACCCUCUCCUCCUCGUCGCGGGCCUCGCUUCUCCUCCACCGGCGCAGGGACAGUCGCCAGUGCCAGACGCAGAUCCAACGCAGCCUGGACAGCCCAGCGCACCAGCAUCAGCCGCGUCGAGCGACCCGUUCGUCAUCCUCCAGGCGGCGCUCCGCAAGACCCUCGCGAGUCGCAAGGCGUUUCCAGUGUGGGAUUCUGCGCGAGGAAAGGGGCAGAACGAGUUUCAUACGAUCCUGGUCGACAAGAACAUCCGCUUCCCGCCUCUCAAAGCCCGUCCUGCUCCUUCGAACGCCCAGCAACCUCCUCAGCCUCCUCAUACACUCCACUCGCCCAUCUCUCCCCUGACGCCAACCUCUCCCCUCUAUCCCGACGGAAUCAUCGCUCCUAUCUGGAUCCGCAAACACCGCGAGCUCGUCCCCGCCGUCUUCGUCCUCGUUCUCCGACUGUUUGAGCAUCCUCCAGGCUCGAGCGUCGACCCUACGACGCGGGACGAGGAGGAGCGAGAGCGAGAUGCAGGCCUCGUGCAGGAGAUUGUCGACCGGAAACGCACGACCUACGAACGAGGGAUCAAGCUCGCCGUCGUCCUCCUCUGCUCGCGCGAACUCCUCGACGACCCAUCGCUCGACAUCCGAUUAUCGCUCAUUCGGCGCCAGUCGGGCCUCGACACUCGCGCCUCGCUCUUCGUCAUCUCGCCCGUCCCGCAGAGCGAGGUCAACAACUUUGUCCAGUCCCUUCGCGCGGAGUUGUAUCCUGCGGCUAUCGACUACUACCGCGAACAUGGUCGGCGGGUUCGGCGGAAACGAGCGAGGAUUGGAGGAAACGCUGCGGCGGCCAUUAAAGGCGCUUUGAGCGAGAGAGGGUGGAACGUGCGGUACGACUACAAGUUGGCGCUUUUUGCCGAGCUGCGGAACGAGGUCGAAGUGGCGCUCAAACACUUCGAAGACUGCUACGUUACCCUUGUCGACGCAUUCUCCCAUCCUGAACUCCUCGUUCCUCGCACGAAGCGAUGGGCGGAAGCCAAGGUCCUCGCCGACUGCAUCUCCUUCAAGAUUAGCAAGCUCUACCUCUACCUCGGCGAAUCCUCCCGCGCCGUCGCACAACUGCACAAGCACGUCUCGCUCUUCCUCCGCCUCUCGUCCGAAACCUGGUCAAUCGGCGUCGACACCUUCGAAUUCUGGAGCUGGCUAUCGAAGCAGUACCGACUCUUCGGCGACCUUGUCGCCCUCGCCGUACGGAACGGCAUUCGGCUGCCUUCGACAAAACCGCCUCCCAUGCCGGCUGGUCUCCCGCCUGUCAGCCGAGUCGAUGGGACGUCCACUCCGCCUGCUGCAAUCGCCAACUCGCCUAGCCUCGUACCGCUCAACGUCCUCCAGCAUGCAGGGUACUACUACCACCUCGCAGCAACGUGUGCGGUUGAGCGGAGGGAGCGGUUCAAGGAGGCGAAGUGGAAAGCGGAUGAAGCGGGCGGCGAAGGGGCAGGUGGACCGGCUCUGGCGCACGAAACGAAAGUCGACCACGGCGAGAUCAUCAUCGAGCUGUUCACCAAGGCUUACGAGUUCUACAAGGUGCACAAGGCGAAGAACAUGACCUACGCUAUCGCCCACCAGAUCGCGCUCGCUCACCUUGAAGGGGGAAAGCUCGACGUGGCGCUCAAGUUCCACGACCGCAUCGCCAAGUCGUACCGACAAAACAAGUACGAUGACGUCCUUGCCGACAUUCUGUUGCGCAUGUUUGAGGCGGCGAAAGGGGUGCAGGACUGGAAUGCGGCGGUCAAGGCGGGUCUCGAGCUGAUGGCGCCUGAGUCGCAUAUCGAUGUUGCGACGAGGGAGAGGGUCGCGAAGGACGUGCUGGAGAUCUUGCAGACGCAGUCGCCCGCCAGCGUCGACUCUACCGCCCUCUCUCUCGACAUGACCGAAUGCGCUCCCCUUCUCGAAUGCCGCCUUGCCUUUCUUCACGACACCGUCGACACUUCGACACCCGUCCCUUUCCAGCUCGCCCUGUCAUCCCUCCCAACUUCCCGCUUCGCCGGUUUCGCUUUCUCGCGCCUCGAGAUCACCUUCAACGACGACCGACCGCCCAUUUGCGUCGACCAUCGCGGUGGAUUGGGCGCUUCUGCUGACCGACGAGAAGCUGUGAACCUGGGCGAAGCCGGCUCUUCGAAGGAGAGGAGCGCGAACUUGGCAUGGCGAGACGGUGGGGAGACGAAGCUCUUCGUGGGCAGCAUCAAGGUCGACAAGGAAAUCGAUCUGACGGUCGAGAAGGUUGUUCUCACUGCAUCAGUCGGCAGCUGGACUGUCGCUCUCAACAUGCGGCCGAACCGGCUCGACGGGCGAGGAUCUGGAUGGUACAUUGAAUCGCGAGAGAAGCCGGUGCCGCUGGGCGUUGAGGAUUCGUCUGUCUGCCGCGUCACCCGCCGCGAUCUACUCGUCGCCGUCGACACGAACUUUGUCUCGCCCGCCUAUCUCGAUGAGCGGUUGCCCGUCAUUGUCGACGUCCGGAACGACGACGAGGUCGAGGUCGAGCUUUUCCUUGUCAGUUUCCUCCAACCUGGCGAAGAAGGCUCUCACGACACCAUCGAGGUCGACUCGCAGUCUUCAACGUCCGUCAUCGAGUCGCUCCCCCUCGGUACUCUCGCUCCUUCCGCCUCCCAGUCCAAGACCUUCAUUCUCUCCACACUCGGAGGUCUGCCCGGUCCGCGCAACAUCGACGUCACGAUCCGCGCAGUUCCCGUCGCUGCUGCCGCCUCCACCUCAUCCGGUCCGCUACUCCCAAAGCCGCUCGAAGUCACCCGCUCGCUUGUCAUCCCGGUCGUAUUACCCGUCCAAGCAUCUUUCUCGACCCAGGUGCUCAAGCGACGCCGGCCAAACAAGGCUUUGCUGGACUUGAGCGAGUCGAGCGGAUGGGAAGGAGCGAGCGCGGCGACGAUGGCGGCGAGUCUGCGAGCGGUUGGUCCGUGGAGCAUCGAGGUGCAGAGCAUCGUCUUACGGACAGACGACGCGCCGCAAGUUCGGGUGAGGGCCUCGUCGCUAGGCUACGUCGCGGUGACUACAGAGUCACAGCAGGACAGCAUGACCUGGCGACCAGGCGACGUCUUCAACGCUCUUUUCAGCCUAGAAGUACGCGACAACGACAACUCGGUCGCCAGCGACCUUCACCUAGAGAUUCAGUGGAAGAGACCGGACGGCGAGUCGACCGUUACGCGCCUCAAGGUCCAUCCUCCGAAGCCUCCGCCCCUCGCGCCCACGAUCCUACUCCGACUACCGCCCUACCUCGUCAUCCACCGGCCCGUCACCCUCUCCUAUCGCUUCUCGAAUCCGACCUCUCGCCUCCUCACUCUCUCUAGCCAACUCGACCUCGCCGAAGUCCCCUCCGCCUUCGCCUUCGCUGGCCCGCGUCGACUCACCGAGUGGACGCUUGCGCCGUUUGAAGAGCGCGAGAUGCGCGUUCGGCUCGUCCCGCUCGUCGCAGGACGCUUCACCCUCCCUCACAUGCGCGUCUGGCAGAUCGAGUAUCCGGCUCAGCUUACACACGAGGAGUACGAAGACGAGGAGCAACGGCGGCAACAGGCGCAGCAGCCAAAGGCGACGGAGCUGGAGGUAGAGGUCGAGUCGGACGUGGUGGAGGAGCGGGAUCCGGCGCAGGUCGGGCUUGAGGCGGACCUGAGGAACGCUCGAGGUGGAGAUGCGGAUGAAGUGAGUGGUAAGUCGCCGCUGGGAAGGCCGCCAGUUGUGCUAGUCCUGCCGCGGUAG